AUGUUCUUAUGGGCCUUGUGGACUAAUAGAAAUGCGGCUUUGUGGGAGGAGAAACCACGAUUGCCAACAGAUAUAGCGAUUGCCACGAUGGGAUGGUUCAAUGAAUACAAACUUGUACACGCCUCAUCUAUUCUAGGAAUGAAGGUGAUUCAAAGGUGGACUAGUCCGGCUAAGCAUGUUUUGAAAUGCAAUAUUGAUGGGAGCUAUAGUUAUCAUCAGAGGAAAGAUGGAGUGGCAUGUGUCCUUCGUGAUCAUAAGGGAGACUUUCGGGCUGCUCUGAUGAAGGUGGUACAUAAUGCCAAUUCCGCGUUCCAGGUUGAGCUUUUAGCCUUACAAGGUGCAGUCCAGUUCGCUAUAUCACUGCACCAUGAACAGGUACAGUUUGAAUUUGAUUGUUUACAACUGGUCCAAACUAUCAAUGCGGAGGAUGAAGAUGCUUCAAUCUGUGGUUAUGUUGUAGAUGAAGUCAGAGCAAUGUUUAGCAAUUAUCCUAUGUUUUCUCUAGCUCAUGUUAAGUGUCGAGCAAACAAUGUGUCUCAUAAUCUUGCUUGUGCGACUCUUCAUUCAGAGCUCUCUCAUUCUUGGUUCUUGUAUGCUCUCGAAUUUAUAAGGGAUGUCAUCUUAAGCGAUAUUCAUCACUAA